ACGUCCUUAGCAGUGUUAGUGGCGCACCGGGUCGCGCUGAGCGCUGUGCACCCUUCACUCCGCUACAGUCCACUGAUGUGAUCGGAGGGCUACAGGCUCAACAACGUAACCAUGAGUGUGUUUUAGUGUUUGUGAAAUGUCUGGUGAAGUUAACAAAGAAACUGAAGGAGGGAAGACCUCAAGAAACAAGAGACUCAAAUCGGCUCUUGGUCAUGUGGGUCUUUUGGCAGCGCUAAUGGUGUAUGCAGCUGCAGGAGGAUUGGUGUUCCGGGAGCUGGAGCAGCCGGCGGAGGAGGCGCGGCUGCGCGCACUGGCGUCCACGGUGCGCGAAGAGCGCGCGUGGCUGCUGCAGCGGCUGCACAACCUGACCGCGGGGGCGGGGGCGGACCAGCGCGUGGAGGCGGCGCUGCAGCGCUACGAGGCGGCGCUGGCCGACGCGGUGGGCGGCGGCGUCUCCGUGCCCCCUCCGCCUCCGGGCGAGCCGCCCGUCAGCCGCUGGAACCUGCUGCAGGCCGUCUUCUUCGCCUCCACCGUCCUCACCACCAUAGGUUACGGCAACAUCGUGCCGGUGACGUUCUGGGGGCGUGUCUUCUGCAUCCUGUUCGGGCUGGUGGGCAUCCCGCUGACGCUGACGGUCAUCGCGGACAUGGGCAAGCUGUUCGCCACGGCCGUGCAGCUGCUGCUCGCCAGGAUACGAGACGGCCUGCCUGCGCCCCUGCAGGAGGUGCUGAGCUCCUGGAACUCGGCUGGCAGUGGCGCCGGCGGCGGCCUGCAGAUGGCGGGGCGGCGCUCGCUGACGGCGCUGGCCGCGGUCGCCUUCCUGCUGCUCUACCUGGCGGCCGGCGCCGGCAUCUUCACGCUCUGGGAGGACGAGUGGGGCUUCCACGAGGGCUUCUACUUCUGCUUCAUCACCAUGACCACCAUCGGCUUCGGCGACCUGGUGCCCCGCAAGCCCAAGUACAUGCUGCUGUGCACGCUGUACAUCCUGGUGGGGCUGGCGCUGACGUCGACCAUCAUCGAGCUGGUGCGGCGGCAGUACGCGCAGUCGUGGCGGCAGCUGCAGGCGCUGUCCGGCCCGCUGGCGGACGCGCUGCGCAGGAUAGGCGACCGCGGCACCGGCGCCAUCGACGUCAACGCCCUCUCCAGGAUGCUCACCGUCAUCUCCGUGCCCAAGGGAUUCAAGGGCGGCGAGAAAGGUGCAAAGGAACGAGCCGAGUGGGAGCAGGCGAUGGCCGUUGUGCUGCGCGAUCUGUCGCGGCCGCAGCACCAGCCGCCCGUCAUCGUCAUCUACGAGUCGACCGUCUAGUGUCUGGGCCGCCAAGCCAGCUACCCAGCCAGCCACCGCUGACCUGCUGCCGCGUCUCCACUCCCCGCCGUGGGGCGCAGCACUGCAGCGCUCGCUGUUGCGUAACGUCUCAGCCUUCGUUGCAAUUGACACUUGCGGUGCGGACUGUGGUUUCGGUACUGUCAGAGCACAACGAUUCGAGUGCUAGAUCACUUGCCGGAACAUCAUAUGUUGUAACGCGUCGUGUUCUACGCGUUUCUGCGAACAUUUAUCAUAUCUUGUACUUAACAACAUCGGUACAUGUUUACACGAAGUCGCAGAUAACGCACUUUGUCGGAACUCCCUGUGCCGUGUAGUCCGCCCACCUUCGAGGAAAUCUUGUACACUCGAGUGGGGCGAUACACGUGUAAUCUUUGACAGCUGUAAGAUGCUUGUACCGUGGCUUCAAGAAAAGGAGAACUUUUCCUCUAUGACCGUGGCUUUCGAUUUCCUGAGAGCAAUUGAAGAAAACUCUUCUGAUUGCGUUCCGGCGUCGUUGCGCAAAACCUUGCAGUGGUUCGGUCACUUCUGCGGGCAUCUUCAUCAGGUUACUACUCAUGAAGGGUUUACUGACUAUGGUAGAAACAGUUAUAUGACGUAAUAAAAAACAUACGAAAGUUUCUAGAGUAAGUAAAUUUGGAGUCGUGAUGGGUUUCUCACAAUGUUAUCCUCAAGUGAAAGUGACGAAAUGGCAAUCUAUUCAAUGAAAUUCCAACAAACAUGAUGAAAGACUACGACCGUCUUCCUAUUAAUCGUGAACGACAGAGCGAUUUUAAUAGAGUAAUGGUGAGGUUAUUACACUGUUAAUAUUAUUGUUUACAAUACCACAACUCAUAUCACCCACUAUUGAAACAUGAAAACAAUAAAACUGCAAUUGUGCUCAUAUUCUAUUAUUUAAUUUACAGGUAAUAAACAAGUACUGAAAACUAGCCUUUUCCUUAAACUGUCAUGGAAUCCACUGUGAGACAUUCUAAAAUAAAACGUGACUCACAGAAAAUUUAAGGCGUCUUGAAAAGUGCUUUCGAAACUGAAGAAGUCAUUAAAUGUUAAUAUUUUACAGAAAAACGAUACAUGCAGAAAAAACUAUGUAACUGUUCAGUAUUAGAAGAAAUUGACUUACUGAUCGUAGGCAAAAACAGGACUCCCUGUACAAAAAGAUGAGUUUUUCCAUCCACAUGUCAGCGUAAAUUUUAAUAAACUGCGAGAAAUUUCGCUGUGAGGAAGCACAACAUUUCGGUAAUGAGACAAAUGUUACCACAGAAGGCAUAGACAAGCAAGCUGUACUACAAAUUACAAAUUUUUAAUUCAUGUUAACUUUCGUAAUAUCGGGAGAGAGAGAGAGAGGGGGGGGGGGGGGGCAGGAGGGGUGACCUAUGUUUUAUCUGAAGGAUAUAAUGAAAUAUGAAUUUUAAGAACUAAAUUUAUUUCAAGAUUUUAUCUCAGCAUCUUUGCAUCAUAAUUCUUCAUUAUUUCUCUAGUUAACAUUAACUUCUUCCAGUGAGAUACAAUAUUCAGAAAGUGCAAGAUUUGUUUAAGUGCGUAGUCAUUUUCUUUCUACAAAAUGCGUUAUCUUAUCAGAGCAUCCUCAAUGUUGGUCUAAAUCGCCCUUUGGUCAUCACGAUUUACGUUUCCGAAACUCACUUUGGCAGAAUGUUGGGAUAGAUCGAUCAACAAAGCCACAGUCGAUUCCCUCUCCAGUCACUGUCCAACUGAGCUAAUGCUCUACAUCCAGUGAUCCAGAUAUCAACUACGUAACAGGCAGUGAACUUCCUUCUUCAUUCUACAUUUAGCCGAGUUGCUCGAAGACUCCAACAUGUUGCGAUUAUACUCUUUCUGUGCCAUAUUUUAGAUAUUCUACAUACACCAUACAACAGAAAACAAUUCCAAAAAUUUUGAUGAUGAUAGUGACACCAAGGUAUCUGAGUAUCGAAGCCACGGUGCCCCGCCAUCCUUUCUAUUAAUUUCGCUCUCUCAUCCACUAUCCCUCCUCUAACCUUCAUUUUUGCGUCGCAAUUGCUAUAUACGGGGUAUUUAUAAGGCCUUGCAUCAGACAUCUAGGGGUGAUAAUCACGUCAUGAGAACGAACUCUGUGAGAGACCAAAUAUUCGCAGACGCCUCCCAGCGAUGCUAGGUGUCUUGUGUUAUUGGCUAUGUCCCUGAGAAGCGGCAGGACAUAGUGAACCUGCGACGUGCAUACAGAGUAUACAGUAUGUGCUGCCUAGAAUCCAGUCAUCUGCUAUGCAUGAAAGGACAAAAUUGGAGUUCCCGAUGAACUUGAAGUAUCUUUCUCUGCUUACAGAAACUAAUCCUUCAGAUGUUCUUGUUGAAAUUCACUCGAUCAGUUCACUGGGACAUGUAGUACGCAGUUCCAGCACCUCUAAAUCAACGAAAUCACGUCUCUCCCAGAGCCGGUGAACUCAGUUAACAGACGCCGGGAAGCGUCGGCGAACAUUUUGUCUCUAACAAAAGAUGUUCCCCACGGCGUGAUCUGACACGAAGACUUUGAAACACUAUGUAUGUAAAUACUUAACCAUGAUUAAAAGAAGACUCACAAACUCUGAGAUGGGGUCAUAGUCGAUCCUGAAGCCUGCAAUCACCCUCAAAAUGGAGAGUAUUUUUCUAUAGGGUUAACAUACGGAAAAUUUCUUAUCUACGGCGGUAUAGUAGGAGCUAUUUUUAUUUCAUGUCUUCCAUCUAGUAAUGCCGGCCGCGGUGGUCUAGCGGUUCUAGGCGCUCAGUCCGGAACCGUGCGACUGCUACGGUCGCAGGUUCGAAUCAUGCCUCGGGCAUGGAUGUGUGUGAUGUCCUUAGGUUAGUUAGGUUUAAGUCGUUCUAAUUUCUAGGGGACUGAUGACCUCAGAUGUUAAGUCCCAUAGUGCUUACAGCCAUUUGACCCAUUUGAACUUAGGUCAAAAUAAACGCGAAGUUACUUUUCUUAUAUUACACCAGACCGACACACGGAGUUUUUCCAUUAGAUAUAGACCGUUCUGGUCGCCUACUGGUUGUUUAAUGAGACAUUGUUCCAAGAUUUGUCACAAUAGUUAUUUCUAAGUGAGUUUAUGCAAUUUGUACUGUGUUUUGGAAAAAAAUGAAGCCUGUCAAAAAGAGAAAUGUGGCCGUUUCUAGUAAUUGAUGAAGCUGCUUCAAAAGAGAAAUGGUCAACAAUUCCGACAAAAAUAAAUCGCCAAUUCUGUUGCAGUUUUGGUGAAAUCUUGUAAUCCACCAUAUUUUUAAUAGCAAAGAACUGGAAUGGAAACUUACCAAAGGAUUUUCUCCCUGUUCUUCACGUGAAAAGUAUGAAAAUAAUUCGUAGCAAAUGGUGUACCACAUUUCUAUUCCUAUCCAACAACAUAAAUGAAGGAACUGCAUAUUUAUUUUCAUGUCUAAGAUAUACUUCUUGAUAAGCUGUAGACCUGAUUUGUCUUCCUUUCCUCACGUAAUAAACCACUUUUUCACUUUGUUUAAGUUGCAGAAAGAAAAAAAAAAAUGCUAAGUUUCAGUACCACCCGUUCCUUAUUAAAAAGACAAUGGAGUAUUAAGUUACUCUGAAAUUACAACAAAAGAGACGAUUCAUUAUCCCCUGACUUGUUUACCUUCCCUCUUUCCGGAAAGUGUCACCAGUGACUAUUUUUGGUUAAAAAAAUAUUAAUAACUCAGAUGAAAAUAAUUCGCCAGUUUUGUUGCAAUCGCAGGGGAAUUCUGCAACACAGUGUAUCUUUAAUUAUGAAUAGCUGGGACUGAAACUUACUAAAGGACUUUCUUUCUACACCACAGUUGUAUUUGACAUAUCAAAAAGGACAGCAAAUACCGUACAAUAGGGAGUGAAUCUUCUUACUAUAAAUAUUUUUUUUAAUUCAUCAGUGAUAUUGAUUUUGACGAAUAAUUGGCAAGAUUGUGCAAGUCGUCAGUGUAUUCACAGCUAAGUAGUUACGAAAGAGUGUUAUUGGGUCAUUUUUACUUUACAGCAAAAAUGCUGUAUUUUUCUAUUAGAAAUAAAUUUGGUGCCUGUGUAUCUGCGGAUAAGUGUUACAAAAACAUGAUAACCAUUACUUUAUGAACCACUUAGACUACUCAUUAAAGUUAAAUUAAAAGAUAAUUAUGAUGGAGAAAUUCAUCACUUCACUCUAAAUGGGGACAGGAACAUAAACAUGGUACACUAGUUGCUGUGAAAAAUUCUCGUACUUCUCAGAUGAGGAACAGGGAGAAAAUCCUAUGGUAAGUUUCCAUUCCGACCGCUCACUAUCAAAAAUAAGGCGGAUUACAGGAUUCCGCCAAAUCUGCAACCGAACUGGAAAUUUCUUUCUAUUUGAAUUGUUAAAGAUUUCCCUUAUGAAGAAGCUUCAUCAGUCAUGAGGAAUGGAUAUAUUUAUAUUGUUGACAGUUUUGAUGCUUUUUUUGCCAAAACCACGGUAUAAGCCGUGCAAUAGCUAUUGCGACAAUCUUGAAGUAGAGUGUGUUAUUAAACAAGCAAGGCGACCAGAAUAGUCGGUACUUUAUCGAAAACCUCAGUGUGACGCUUUGCUGUAACGUAAGACAAGAAAUUUCGCGUUUAUUUAUAUCAAAUUCUCUUUUCAAUAUCUGUCGAUGACUUAAAAAAUAAUUACAGUACUGGAUUGAAGAAAUAAAAUCGCCGUAGAUAAGAAAGUUUCGUAUGUUACGUUAUAGAAAAAUUCUCUCCUCUUCGCGUGGUAUCGUUUGCCAAACUCCCGUACUGAUACCACGAACGGUUUAAGGAGACAUGACGUAUGUUACGAAUAUUUCAUUCUCGCCCGCGUGCGCUCUCAGGUGUAUAAGCUACAGAAAAUGCAUUUUCUCGAGAUUGGAGACUGACGGAGACCUUCAAAGUCCAAAGAAAAAUUCCUUAUCUUGGCUAAACUUCACUCGCAGCAAAAUAUGGAGUAACAUGCACCAAACGCAAAAUCAUAGCGACUCACAUCUUUCAUUGCAAACUUUUUCGAAUUUCUGGCAGCGACUUACUUAAUUGUGAAUAUUACAAUAACUAUGACGAUUAUCGAAAUUUUGGGCAAAUCGCCUUGAGGACGACAUAUGAAGCAAUUAGUAACGUGAAAAUAACAUUUUUUUGCCUAUUUGUUUCUGUAAAAUUGUUAGAGAAGGAUUGCAGGGUUUGCGCCUCGAUUCUGUCAGCGCAGCGCGACACUAACCGGCGAAAGCGGGCAGAGUGUGUCUCGUUCAUUGCGGCCGGGUGGCAGCCGCGAGAGCGACUGCCAUCGUGUGUUGCUUCGUCAUAUGACAAGGGGAUAUUUUCCGCACUGGCUAGAGCCGCCUCGCGCUGUGCCAUCCUGCGCAGGUAGCCCACUUUAUUUCUGUACGCACCCUUACUUCUGCAAGCUAGCACGUUAAUUUCUGAGUUCAUAUGCCAUUUGCGAAACUGUAUACAUCCCACCUCCCAACUCUAAUUUCAUCGCUAAAGCCAUAAUUACGCCUAACACACCAUGCUGUUCGUUUACUAAUUUCUUUGUUUUUCUUGCCUCUCGUAGUAGUUACCAAGUUGAUGAAUGUCUCCAUUUAUCAAUGAAUUGCCCACAAUUUCUGAAAAGCUGUCGUACCCAGAACUCAAAA